GCCCUCGCGCGAGCUGCUGUGUAUAAAAGGAGUGGAAGGCUCGGAGGAGAGGACAUUCCGCUCUUUCUACGGAUAUACUCAAAACCAAGCUUCCAAGCUCCCUCUCUGCUUUUUUGAGGAAUCAAACCGUCAUCAGCAUGACUCUUGAGGAAGUUCUCACUCAGAAACCCACCGAGCGUGCUCAGUGCACCGGAAAAGCCCUGGAGGAGGUGCUGAUGGCCGCCAAAGACAACGACUCCCUCACCGUGGGCGUCUACGAGUGUGCAAAAGUGAUGAAUCUCGAUCCAGACAGCGUGUCUUUCUGCGUGCUGGCCACGGACGAGGAGUUCGAAUGUGACAUUGCUCUGCAGAUCCACUUCACCCUCAUCCAGUCCUUCUGCUUCGACAACGACAUCAGCAUCGUCAGAGUGAGCGACAUGCAGCGUCUGGCUGAGAUUGUCGCUGACAAGUCGGUGCAGCUCGAAGACGCCCACUGUGUCCUCAUCACGAACCCAGCUGAUGGUUCUUGGGAGGACCCGGCUCUGGAGAAGCUGCACCUGUUCUGCGAGGAGAGCAGGCGUCUGAACGACUGGGUCCCCGAGAUCAGCCUCCCCGGACGCUGAUGUGGGCUCCUGUCUUGUCUCAGAUGCUGUCAAGCUUCUCAUCUGGAAAUACUCAUCCUGAUGGACAGGAUGAGCCUGUUUCUGCUCAUCCCUGGAUACUCCUGAGGAGGAUUCCCCGAUCCAGGCAGCACGGCGCCGGCCCGAGGGGGCCCCCGUGGAACCGUCGCCUCUUGUCCCGUCCAUGCCAAGAUGACUCUCAUUCUUUGUGUGAAUGAGGUCAGGUAUGCCUCAAGAGCGACACAUCGACCCUCAUUCUUUGUGCGGAUGAGGUUUGGAGAGGAAGGAGAAGCACGCGCAGCAGGAGAAGAAGCGGUGCUGAGGAAGAGGACUUGUUAAAAAAAGGACUUUUUAAUGAUGGCCUCUUGGCUGAGCAACAUGACAACAGUUGCAGUCAGCGGAAACGUUUCCCACUUUCCAGAAUUGUCUUAAUUCUCUAAAGGUUUCACUUUAGAAAUUUAACAACGACAAAAUCAUGCUAAAAUAUAUAUAUUAAAAAAUGUAUGUCUGUUCUCUAAAGGUUUCACUUUAGAAUAAGGCUGAAAUAUAAUAACGGCAAAAAAGAACUUAACUUGUGCAACUAUUGAAAAAAGUAAAUUCCAAAAUGUCAAAGUAAAAACAGUGUUAUAUUCUCAAAAGGUAUCGCUGGAGAAAUUAGCGACAAAAAACAAACAAAAAAAAACCCUAUUCUAAACUAUUCUCUAAAGGUUUCACUUUAGAAUAUGCUUGACAUAAUUGAAUGUUAGAUAUAAAGACUUUUAGUUAUAUACUGAAGAAUUAGUCAUUGUUGAAAAAUGUGUUAAAGAAAUUGUUGUAAAAUUACAAGUGGAAAUAAACUGAGAUAAUAAGGAUCUUGUGUAUGCAUUUUCUCUGGUAGAUAUCGUGUGUGUGUGUGUAUAGUUGAGUGGGCUAAAGAGGAGGGUUAUCAGGCUUGUGCUAACAAAAGUUUAAAGCACAGCAAAUUUGUCUGAAAGGGGCUCUGGUCUGUCAUCUGCUCCCCGUUGUUGUCCCCUGCAGCAUAAAAAGAACAAAAAAAGACCCCCUCCUUUCCCUCUCGUCUAAUCUCCAUG